GGUCCAGCACUCAUCUGGAGUAAAUCUCUCACAAUCUGAUCAGUGCCUGACAUGGACUAACCUGCUGCUGCUGCUUCACAGCGCUGAUACAGGAGCCAUAAGGGACUAAAAGGUGCUAUUUCCUUCUCCUACAACGCUGAGGAAGAGAAAAACAAGACAACGUCCAGAAUAAGAAUACAUAUUCUCUCAUAAAGCCAAGGAGGAUAAAACGUUACCAAAUAAACUGCAAUUUUAAUCGAUUCAUUGCAGUUCUUUAAAUACCGAGUGGAUGGAAAUAUUUGUUCUCCUGCUCAGCAAUGCUGCUGUUUCAGCAACAUGAACAUGGGCAUAACCUUCGCUUCCCCUGGCAUAAAACUUUUUGAACCGAAGCCAAGCUCUUUACUCUUAUCGGCUGAACUGUGGACAGAAAGCAUGAGGAACUCUCAGUCUCUACACCUGUCUACCUCGCUUAUCCGUCUUGUGUUCUUUAUACUUUCACUCCCCCUCUGCCCUGCGUCUGCCACUUCAGGGUCUGACCAUAACUACGUCACCCACCCACGCUUUGUGUGCACCCCUAUCCCAGUCGACGCAGACCCUGCCUGCUUCCCCCCUACAGGGCCAGGUAUGGGGGGGUCAGGGCCCAGCGGACCAGGGCAUCAAAGCACACUAGGGGGCCCUCCCUCUGGCUGGUGGGGGGUGACCGAUGAGGCCAAAGCCACCAUCCUUCACCUUAGGGAGAGCCUUGUCCAGCAGAAAGAGACAAUCCUCGACCAGAGGGAGACCAUCAGAGAGCUGACAGCCAAGCUCACCCUGUGUGAGGGCUUUGGACAGGGCAUGACGGCUCACGAUGACCAACAUGGUACAGCUUCACGCCCCCGUCACGGAGGGGCGGCCAGUCCUCACAUGUACACUGACACUGGGCGCCAUAGCAACCAGCAGGGUCACCAUGGAAACAGCAACCUCAUACCGGACUCGCCACACUACCCCUCCAUGGGGGGGCACCGGUCAGACGGAGGGCAUAGCAACAGCAACCAAGUGAAGGACAAACACAUAACGCCAGGGGAUAUAACAUCAUCACCAGAGCAGAUGGAGAGGAUGCUGCAGGCGCUGAAGAAGAGGCUGGACAACCUGCAGAAGAGGAACACAUCCACCAGCUACUCCAGCUCUCUGACGGAGCUGCUGCAGAGGAACAUCAACACUCUGGAGCAGCAGCUGCACCAUCACACCGCAGCCCUCAGCAGCCCGGACCACCAUGACGACCAGAGCAGUCCUGACGACCACCACAACGACACACACCCAAAGGACCACGAUGGAAGCCUUGACGGACAUGAUGAUGGCCAUCACAGCAAUGGAAACCACAGCGACAAUCACGGUGGUGCCAAUGAUGAUGACGACCACCACGAUGCUGAGCCUGACCAUGAUGGCAGUCUUGAUGUUGAUCACCAUGGUAACGAAGCAGAUAGUCAGGGUUACCUUCUACGCACAGGAUACCGACCGCCAGGGUCCUAUUCAGGGUUCCACCCAAAUAAACUGGACACAUUGCUGAGUCAGCUGCACUUCACAGGUUCCAGUGGAAAGAAAACCAAAAGUCCUGAGGCCUUCCAGAUUGGCUUCCCCAUGAGGACCAACUACAUGUACGGGAGGGUAAAGACGACCCUGCUUCAUGAGAUCUUUGCCCUGACCUUGUGUCUCUGGAUCAAAGCGGGCGUGGGGCCUGGCAUGGGGACUCCGUUCUCUUACUCUGUACCCGGACAGGCCAAUGAACUGGUGCUUAUCGAGUGGGGGAACAACCCCAUGGAGCUGCUGAUAGAUGACAAGGCGGUGACCCUGCCCCUGUCUCUGAGCGAUGGAAAGUGGCACCACAUGUGUGUGACGUGGUCAACACGGGACGGUCAGUGGGAGGUCUUCCAGGAUGGGGUGCAGAGGGGGUCUGGGGAGAACCUGUCGGCCUGGCAUCCCGUCAGACCUGGAGGGGUCUUCAUCCUGGGACAGGAGCAGGACGCCCUGGGAGGUCGUUUUGAUGCGACGCAGUCAUUUGUGGGCGAGAUCUCAGAUCUGAACAUGUGGUCUCAUGUCCUUCCCGCCAGGGACAUCUACAGCUUGUCGUCCUGCAGCAGUCACCUCAAUGGUGAUGUCAUUGCGUGGUCUGAGACAGAGGUGGAGCUGCAUGGAGGGGUCACAAAGUACCCCUUUGACCCGUGUAGCUAAGGGUAACCACCAGUGAGCACCGGCCUUGCAGGUAGCCUGGAACUCAGUGAGCAAGUUUAUCAUCAAACAGUAACCAUAGAAACCAAAGGGAAUACAGGGAAAUAAUAAAAGUCACAUUGACUUGCAGCACAAAUGGCGAGAUCAUUCUGUGGCUCCCACUUCUGUUCAGUUUAUGAAUCAAUGCCUUCGUUUUAACUCAGCCAGUGACUUUUUCUUUAAAAAAAAAAAAAAAGAAAAAAGAAAAAGAAAAAAAUUAAAAGCGUUUUUAUUCCGUCCAAAUCUGUAUUUACAGAUACGGCGUAGGGACUUAGUGUUCUUGGCCCGUAGUUUCUGGCCAUUACCUAAUAUGACAAUGAUUUAGUGUUUUGUUUUACACGCACAAGUGAGUGAUAUACUGUAUGUGACAUAUUGUCAUGUUGUUCAUCAGACUGAACUCUGUAGGGGCCCUUAUGAUGACGUUAGCGGGCCUCAUACAGGGUCAGCAUGUUGUUAGCUUUAAACAUGGGAGGAGAUGCUGUCAGCAGUGAUGUGCUGGGCAAUCAAAUUGUGUUGUGGAUUAUCUUUUAAAAAGUUUUCCAUGAAAGAUACAGCUACUUUACCAAAGAAACUGUAGAUUUGAUGACCUUUUAUAUUUUCAAUAAUCUUUGUAUUAUAGAUAAAUUGAUAAUGUUUUAUUUGUUCAUUGUGUUUUAAGAUGGAAAGCCUGGCCAAUUAAGGUUGUAUGGGCCUAAUUGAAAGGCCCAUACAUAACACUCAAUACAUGGACUCUUGGUGGGAUAUUGCAUUCCUUUUCUUAUGACAGAAAAAUCACUAAUUAUCAUAGGUAAGUUUAUUCAAAACGACACAAAUAGCUUUCAGCAUGAGUGUAACUCUCCAUUUCCAGUUUCAGAUUUGCUGCUUCUCACAACCUUUUUAUAUCCUCAAUAUACAAUUUGUUCACUUAACAUAACUUAACUCGUUUCUCACUUUUUUCAAUACUUUAGGUAUUAUGUUUUUAAAAUAUGGCACAGUUAUGUGUUUUAUAUGUUUAUUGUACUUAAUUGUUUUGUGGUUUUGUGUUUGCUAAAUAACCUGCCUUGAUUGUAUAUUUGUUCUUGUACGUUGUGUUACGUUAGCCAGGUUAACACUUGCCAUUAUUUCUUGACGUUAUUCUUGCAACAGUAUUUUGACACUGUAAAUAAAAAAUGUGGAAUAUU